CUGUGGUAAAGUGACAGCAAAAGUUUUGAGUGUAUAAAAACAUCCACCCUCGACUUUUGUUAUUUUGUGAAUUUACGUUAAAAUUUAGCUUAAUUUUUAGCUAAAUUGUUGUGAAAAAGAUUCCUUUGAGGAUGUGCCGUAUCCUUAUCUAUGGCUGCCCAGCGGUAGAUAGGCAAAUAACAACUGAUGGAACGCAGACGCUCAUUUCGUGCAGACAAAUCAUCGUUGACACCAAGGACAAUAUAAAAAAGGAGAAUUUUGAUCAUGAAAUAUUCAUUACACACGGUCAAAUUCCCGAUUUGCACGAGCUAGUGUUUGUGCAGUCGGUGAAGGAGGAAGAACCAGAGGUUAAGAGUGAAUCCGAAGAACCCUAUGAGGAGUUUGUUGAGGCCAUUGCAUCCUAUUCAGAGAAGGAAGAAAGUACGAAGCUUAGUUUGCAGAGAUCAGAUAGUGAAUCACCAGCUCCGGAUGCAGAUCAUGACGACGAUGAAGAUGACGAAGAUGAUGGGGAGGAGGAGGAUGAGGAUGAUGAUGAAGAGGAGACAGACACAAAGAGAAAAAGGAAGAGAAGAUCACGCAAACCUGAUCCAGAUGCUCCGUACAAGUGCUCCAAAUGUGGCAAAAUCCUCAAAACAAGACGUACAUAUCGCACACACAUGAAAAUGCAUCGAGAACGGAAGUACAUCUGCGAACUCUGCUCUCGGGGAUUUGUGAAUUUUGACAAACUAAAGCGGCACAUGCGGAAGCAUACCGGCGAGAAGGCCUUUGCAUGCCACAUCUGUCCGAAAUCCUUCAAUUCACGCCACCAUCUGGAUGUUCACAUACGCAGUCACACAAAUGAGCGCCCCUUCAAAUGCCACCUCUGCCCGAAAUCUUUCCAAUCCAAGUCAAAUCUCAAUCCACACCUACGCGGCCAUACGGGCAUAAAGUCCUUCGUGUGUGAGGUAUGCGGGAAGGCUCUCGCCACAAUGGCCAGUUUAACGAAGCACAUGAAUAGCCAUGAGGAUGUGAAGUUUGAAUGCUUCGUCUGUCAGAAGAUCUUCUCGUCCAUUGGAACGCGCGAUCGCCAUUUGAAGACGCACACAGGUGAGAAGAAGCACAAAUGCAAUAUUUGCGACAAGGCAUUCGUCCGGAAGGAUCAUGCCAAAAAUCACAUGGCAAUGCACGUUAAACGGGGACGUGAUAAACUUUAGCGCCAAGAUGAGGUCCAUCCCGAAGGACCCAAUACGGAUGAAUGUCUCCCCAAGACGCCAGUUUUUCAUUAAAAAAAAUUAAUUGUAAAUGCAUAUUUAAGAUAAAUAUACAUCUAAUCUCCUAA